AUGGCAUCCUCACCACCACAGAAAGUGUCCCUCUACUCUGUCAAUGAUCUCAAAAAUGCCACCGAUGACGCCAUAGCACCAUAUCUCACCUCGCUACCAAAACCCUACACCUUCAAACAACAGCACGGCUCCACCAACGUCCGGCUCGCCUUGGGCUACUCAGCGGUCGUCAUCGCCGGAGUCCUGUUCUUUGCCGACUACAAACUAGGCUGGGAUGACACCAAAGCAUACACCGCACCCGCCUGCCUGGCCUACUUCAUCCUCAACCUCGCCCUGACGUACUGGAUCUGGCAAGAAGCCGGCACAAUCUUCAUUGGCACAAGGGAAGGUGGGCAGAAACUCACACUUAAGUCCUCGAGCAAAAAACAUUCGCCCACCUAUACUCUCAGAGUCACGUACGAGGCGCCCUCCGGGAAGAAAUGGGAGGACAAAGUUAUCGCCGGCUCUUUCACCCAGUGGUUCAACAUCCAUGGCUUCCUGCAGACGAAAGAACUCCAGGCAUGGUUGAACAGCAAUAUCGACGUUCUAUCACACGCUGAGAAGGAAGGCAAACCACAACCCAAAGUGGUCGAGGACAGCAACAGUCCUGCCUCCUCAUGGGCCAUCUCGGACGCCACUAUCGCGUCUCUGAAUCCCGCGACUUUCGCUUCUGGCAUCGACGUCAGCUCCAGUCCCGCUGCCACGCCACCCAGCACCGUGAAGAAAGGCCGACCAAAGAAGCGGACAUGA